CUCUUAUGCUUUUAAAUGGUCUUUCGCAGGCAACUCGCUAGCGUUAAAAGUUUCUUAUCAGUAAUUUAAAUUACAGACUAAAUUAAAUUUUUUUUCAUAUAAGUUCAAAUUAUUAUUGUUCCUUCUUACAAAAAAGUUGAUCCGAAAAAAAAGAAGUUGGUUUGCUGCGCUUUCCAAGAACUAAAAAUCGCCGUUAGUGUGCAAAGCGAAUCGACGAGUGAGUACUCAUCAUUCUAAAAUGACGUCACCAUUGUUUCCGCUGAUGUUGCCUACAUCUUCGUUAGGAUCGUCAUCAGUAUCGACAAUUUCGAGUGCAUCAUCAUCAUCACCAUCAUCGCCAUCCAAACAACCAUCAUCAUCAUCGCCAUCCAAGCAACCAUCAUCUUUCUCAUCAUCAUCACCAUCAUCAUCAUCAUUAUCAGUACUUCAAUCACUGUCAUCAUCAGCAACGGUUGUCUCUAGUGAAGUGGUGAAAACGGUAAACAUUCACGAAAUGAACAUAAGCGAGGAGGAAAAGUUGAAGCUGGUGAUGGCUCGGAGCAGCGAGUGGAUGAACGACGACAGUGCUGAAGUUCAGAAGAACAACGGAUAUAACAAUUACAAACCGUGGUUGACAAGAACUUUUUAUUCGCAAGUCCUGGUACCAGCAGUCAUCCAGCAGAGUUCGAAUAUUUUGCCGCUCCAUUUUCUACCGCCACCUGUUGAAAGGAAAAACAACAAACAUGACGACGACGAAGAAGAAGAAAAUGAUGAAGAUGAUGGCAUUUAUGUUCAUAUUGGACCGGUCAAAAAGAUACUGGAGAAUCACGGUAACAACAUUGCGGACUAUUUUGCAUUGAGGGUGGUCCACAACGUGCCUGUGAGUUUGUUGGAAGAAGUGGAGCAGAUGUACAAUUAUAACUACGUAUACAGAGACCUCUAUGGAGGCUUAUUCAUGCUCAAGAAAGAAGUAGCAGAGUACGUGCACCUUUACGGUCCAUCCAACUUGAGACUUAAAAAUCAAAAGGUUGUGAUGAAUAAUUUAUCCCGGCAAAAUAAUAGUUGCAGCCAAAAUUAUCUUUAUGAAACAUUUCCCAGUCGGCAGUUUAUAAAUUGUGAAAAACCAAAUUCUGUGUUAGAAAAUACAAAAAUACUAGAAAUGACAGAGCCGGAAUCGAACGUUCCUGUUAUUAUUCCGUCAACAUUAGGCUUGAUUAUUCAGCAGAAGGUAGCCCCAAACACUGAAAUUAUAACAGAGAAAAAAUAUAACCCGGAAAUAUUCUACACCAACAACCAUCUUAACACAUCCCAGGUUUUAAAUAAUCCAGACACAUCCCUUACAUGUAUGGAUCAAACUAUUCAAACCAUUCAUGGCUAUAGAAAGUCGAAACCAAGUGAAGACAUUGAACAAUUUGAACUACCCGAUGUUAGUGUUCCACCUCUAAACUGGUUUUUGCAGCAACACAGACAAUUAACACAACAAAAACUCAUAGGACACCGACUGCCAGCUCUGCCACAACAUCCAACUCAACAACAACAGCCGAUAAAACCGCAACAGCUCACUCAACCACAACAACGAACAGAACCAAUAAACCCGUAUAUUUUUGGUCAUCCUUUAUUUGCACUCCCACAUUUAAAACAGCCUCGGAUAUUUCACCAACAAAACAAUAUGACACAAAAUUAUUCGGAACCUUACUGGGUAACUCAGCAGCUGCACACGAUGCACAAUCAUUUAGGACUGCUGUGGAUACCUUAUCAAUAUUACUAUAUAACAUACGAUCCGUGUGAAAAGCCUUGGAUACCUCACCAGCAUGUUAAUAUGACAUAUGAUCAUUUAGAACCACAUCAGAUACACCAGCAGCAGCCCAACAUGACACGAGGUUUCAAAGACACCUCGACAAGCAAAAGUGGUCGUUUUGGAAAAAAACAUGACAGAUCCAAUGGAAAAUAUGAAAAUUCUUGA